AUGCCAAGUUCAAAAAUUAAGCAAUUAAGUGGUAGCGCGAAACGCAAAAAAGCUGCUAUCAUGAAUGACAAGAAAAAUAAAAUGAGAGGUGCAAUGGAAAAAUUUGUACUGAAAUGUAGUACAAAUAAUGCUGAAGAUGAUGUACUGAGUAUUGAAAAAUCAACAUCCAAAAAAAUUUAUGAUGAAUCUAAAGAAUCAGUUAAUGAUUUUGAAGAAAGCACAAUAAUAGACACGGCUUCAUUAAAAUACCCGGAAGAUCCUUCUAAUACUCUACCAACAUCAAGACUUGAAAUUAAACAAAGAGUUUUAAAAGGACCAUUUCAACCCCAUCUCAAAUUAUUUUCAAGAACUAAAAUUGGUAAUUAUUACAGAAGUUUUCAAGAAAAAUGGUAUGACAGUUUUAAAUGGUUAGAAUAUAGUAUUGACUUGGACAGAGUAUUUUGUUUCUCAUGUCGGUUAUUUAUGCAUUCUAAUUUAAAUGCUGGUCAUCAAGAUCCAACUUUUUCCAAAACCGGAUUUAAUAACUGGCAUAUAGCAACUUCACGCUUCAUAAAACACCAAAAUUCUAAGUCACAUAUGAUAAGUGUAUCAUCUAUGGCAACUUUUUUAAACUCUGAUUCAAUUGAUAUUGUAUUAAAUAAAUCAAAAGAAGUAGAACUUUCAAAACGGGAAGCACAGCGAAUGAUUAAUAGAAGUAUAAUGCACCGCCUAAUAGAUAUUGCACUGUGUCUAGCAAAGAAUGGGAAAUCAUUACGUGGCCAUAAUGAAAAUACAGACAGUGUUUCAAAGGGACUAUUUUUGGAAAUGGUUGAUUUGUUAAAAAAGUAUGAUUCAUUGUUGAGUGAACAUUUAGAAAAUGGACCUAAAAAUGCAAGUUAUAUCAGUAAUCGUAUACAAAAUGAUAUUCUUCUUUCUAUACAAAAUGUUAUGAAACGAAACAUUUCAAGUAAAGUAAAUAAUACAGAGGUUUCCAUUAUAGCUGAUGAGACCAGUGAUUGUAGCCAUUUUGAACAACUAUCUGUAUGUGUACGUUACUUUAAUAAAAAAGAAAACCGUCCAGUAGAACACUUUAUUGGUGUCAAAAGAUUAUUGUCAGUUAAUGCACAAUCAGUAUAUGACUCACUAACUGAAGCAAUAAAUGAAAUUGGGAUUGAUUGGAAAAAUGUGAUUGCUGUAUGCUUUGAUGGGGCAGCUACCAUGGCUGGUAGUUGUAAUGGAGUACAAGCUAAAAUCAAAGAAAAUAAACCCAGCAUAUAUUAUGUCCAUUCUAGUCCAGUGCGUCAUGCUAUUUUAGAACGCAUUUCAAAAGAAAUUAACUUAAAACUUAAAAGUCUUAAAACACUAUCUACUACCAGAUGGGCUUGUAGAUCGGAAGCCAUCGAAGCUGUAAAAAACAAUUAUUCAGCAUUACUACUUUGCUUAGAGGAAAUUUCAAAUAAAACAAAUUUAUCUGAAGUUAGAGCCAAAGCUAAAGGUCUCAUUUUUCAAAUGAAAACUUUUGAUUUUAUUUUUUCUAUGCAUAUAUUAAGCCCAGUUUUAAUUAUGAUCCAAAAAGUGAGUGCCAGUUUACAAUCACCUAACUUAGAUUUGUUAUCUGCAGUAUCUCUAGUGAAGUCUCUUAGAGAACACCUCAGUAAACUGAGAUCUGAUGAUAAUAACUUCAUUGUUAUUUACAAUGAAAUUGUUAGUGUUUGUCAAAGAAAUCUUAUUUCUAUACCUGAAGUUAAAAAGAGAAAAUUUACCAGGAAAAUUGAUGAAAAUUCUACACACUAUACUGUUGAUAGUAAAAUUGAAGAAAUGAGAUAUUUUACUUUUUAUCCAAUGUUAGAUGAAAUGAUUCGAGGAAUUGAUGAACGUUUUUCACAAGAAACAUUGAAUUUAAUUGUAUCUAUGGGGAAAAUGUUAAAACUUCAAACAGAUGAUGCAGACAUUAAAAUAUUUUGCUCUUGUGAACGAGCAUUUUCUAAAUUGACUAUUGUUAAGUCAAAAUUAAGGUCAGUGAUGACCCAAAAGCGCCUGGAUGCAUUAAUGUUGAUAUUCAUAGAACAACAUAUUUCUACUGAAAUUGACAUAGAGGAUGUGAUUGAAGAAUUUAAAGUUCUUAUACCAGGAAAGAGAAGGCUUGAAUUAUAA